ACUCUAAAUUUAAUAUUUUUCUUUUACGUUGGAAGACUGUCGGCUCCUUUCGCUUAAAUUGAAAAGAAACGAGAUACAGAAGAUGUAUUUCCGAAUAGUCCAUUUUCAAAACUUUCAUAAGCUUUGCUCGAAUCGAUAUAACUUUACCAGCUAAACUCGCGAUGUUUGUAAAUCAGAACGCUCGUUCUGCCGUCAAAGGCAGAGCAGCAGAGUUUACAUAGGGGGAGGAGUAUGGAUGAAUAUACAUUCAACAUUUUAGUUCUGUAUAUGAGCGGAGAGAAAAUUUUUAUGGAAGCACAUGCACAAGAGGAUAAUAUGGAACAAAUAUGGGAGUCUAGAAGUACCAGCCAGGUUCUCCCACUCGGCCGUGUUAUGAAUACUGUGCUAAGUGCAAAACCAAAAGAACUAGAAGCGGUUCUUUCUCAGCAGACUCAGAAGUUGCAAAAAAAUUCUAAAAGUGCGCUUGACCAAUCUCUAACUUUGCUUCGCAAGCAUGUUGAGGAGAUUGUUCAAAGGAAUGAACUUCUAGAUCAAGUGCUUGUGCCGCUGCUUGAACAUGCUGUGAAGUUCAGAGGCUUGCAAAAUCGCAAACAAGUUCUGAUUCUUCUUCAAUGGCUUUCCCAAAGUGAAGAAGUUUUCAUGGUACUUGCAGAUAGUCUAGAAAAAAUACUUAUUGAAACGGAUGACCAUCACAUUAUUCUUGGCUGGUGUAUAGUGGUUCGCGAGCUUGUGGAGAAUGAAUUUACAAAUGUCAAAUCGUUUAUUGCAGGUACACUGCAGGGAGACGCUGUACAUUUAUUCAAGAUCUGCUGUCAUUGCAUACCUCGACUUCUAAGCAUAGUUCAUGAAGGAAGUGUUGAACAGGAUGGUUUUCUGCUUCCAAGACGCCUUUCCAUAGCUGUGGCUGAUUGCAUUUUGGUUUUCACUCAAGCGUUAACAGAGGAUACAUGUUUUCCAACACCUGUUAGAAAUAAGCAAACAAAUCAGGAUAAAAGGGUGAAGAAACAGUUGAUAUCUUCAAUAGAUACAGAUAGAAGCUCAGGAGGGGUUCUUGGCAAUGACAUACCUAGUACAUCAGGAAGAGGUUCAAGUACCAUGGAGAAGGAAACUCUGCUAUGGCAACAUCUGGAUAAUUUGGUUGACCUUGUCCAACAACUUAAGAUGUGGAGCAAAAGGAGUAGACCAUUGCAUGAAAAGGGAUUGCAGCAAGUCUUUAAGCGUUUGCAAGAGAUGAGAUCAUUUCGUGAUUCUGUCCAAGUCAAUCAAGAUGGGAGCGAAUCGGAGAUGAAGAUUGGGAAGGCAGUCCUUUCAGCCUGUUGGAAACAGUAUGGAAAGCUCAUGCUUUUGGAAGACCGUAAUUUUACUCAUACAUUUAAGGAUUCACUACAGCAUUUCAUUGCGGCCCUUCAGCAUUACACACAUAUUGAUGAUCAAGAAGAGGACACUACAAAGAAACAAGAUGUGAUGGAAACAAGAUCAUAUUUUCUUGCUUGUAUAGCACUUCUUUUGGGGCGCCUUGACACUGGUCUCCUUGAAAGGACAUUGGCUGAAGAUGGACCACAACUUUUAAAUCUUCUUUUUGCUCAGCUUCGACAUGCUGAUGGAGAUUCAACAGAUCUAGCUGUGGACAUUUUGAGGUCAAUUAUAUUUAGGUCAUCCAUUGCUCUGCCAAGUAAUAGUGAAUCCAGUUUUGAAAGAAUGGAAACAAUAACUCCUCUGCUUAUAGAGCUUCUGGAUGAACGAGACUCUACUGCAAGGGCUGUGGUGCUACUUAUUGCUGAAUAUUUUUCAAUCAAUCCUGAUGCUCAAGGACUCAAGGAGCUCUUUGCACGUCUGGACUCUGACAAUCCUACUCAUAGGAGGAAUGCUCUUGAUGUUAUUUCUGAAUUGAUGGCGAUAUGUUCACAGUCAGGGCACACACUUGCUUCUUCCCUCAGCCAGAACAUUGCUAAGCAUUUGCUGGACAGGCUUUGUGAUGAAGAGCUCACAAAUCGUGUACAGGCUUCAAAGCUUUUCUCCCAACUUGAUCCUUCAUUUGUUCUACCUGCACUUGUGCGAUUAGUCUACUCUUCAGAUGCAAGGGUGAGAUCAGCUGCUAGUGAUGCUCUUGUUGCAGUGCUAAAGGGCCAAACUGACCCAUGCAAUGUGAUAGGCAUGCUUCUUGACUCUGUUAGAAACACUAUACAGAGCAUAUCUCUUCCAAAGCACCCUGGACAAGUUGGUGAACAGUUGUAUCCUGGAUGCUCAACUUCAGAUAAUGGUCCACGUGCAGAUGUUGAUCAGAUAAUGCGUCUUGUUCCAAAAUGGUCUAUAGUGGUGCAUGAUUGGGAUUCGCUUGUCAAAAUGCUUCUCAGUAAAAUGUUUGCGGAACCAUCAAAUGCAAUUAUCCCUCGGUUUAUGAGUCAGAUUAGCGAUCACUUGGCUGAUGUCGCUAACAUUGUCUUUAGACAUAUUCUUCCACAUAUGCUGAAACAACAAGAGGUCAAUGAAGAUACGUUCUCUAAAGGGAAAGAAGGAAGAUGGGAUGAAGGUCAUGAUGCCAGACUUGCGGAGAUUUUAUUUGACCGUCUUAGUCCAUUGCUUGUUCUUAGAGUACUUCCUUUGAAGGCUUUUAAUGAUCUCCAUUCACGGGAGCUCUAUGGGGAAUUGUUCACCUCUAUUGGAAAACAUGGAGGUCAAGGUGCUAACAUCGAGGAAGAUUGCAUCACUGUUCUACUCAUAAAUAGGAUGUCUCAUGUGUAUGAGUUUGAUGAUGUUCGCAAGCUUGCAGCUGAGCUUACUGGUCGGCUUCAUCCCCAGGUCAUGUUACCACUCAUUGAAGUUAGCUUGGAGCAUGCUACACUUUCUAAGAAUAUGCUGAAGCUGAAAGCAUGCCUGUUUGCUAUUUGUACUUCACUUGUGAUAAGAGGAAAGGAAACAGCUCUCCAUGCAGUAAUGGUUAAAAUUCGACAUUUGAUUACAACUGUUUUACUGUGGCCAUGCUUGGACUCAGAUGAAGUAUCAAAAGCACAGCAUGGAUGCAUUGACUGUCUUGCCUUAAUGAUAUGCUCUGAAUUUGGAAUCUCUGAUUCCAAUGUUGCUAGUAGCCAGUCAAAUAAACCUGAUAUGCUGCCGAUGAAAUCCAGACUGAUUGAAGAAGUCAGAGACCAAGCUGAUCAUGUUACAUUUCAGAGUAAUGCUGCUGGGGAUACUGUCAUUUCUGCUGUUCUAUGUAGUCUGACACUUCAGCAGAAAACUGUUCCGUUCAUUAUAUCAAAGGAACCCCAUUCUAGCAUAUCAGAAGAUGGGCAAAAGACAUCCAUGCCACUGGCAUUUCGUCUAUGCAUGGCAAAUGUUCUCAUCAGUGCUUGUCAGAAGAUAUCCCACAGUGGAAAACUAUCAUUAUCGAGAACAAUAAUACCUGCUCUUAUAGAUUUUGUACAGGUAAGUGACAAUGCACAGAUGAGAGCAGCAUGCUUGCAGGUUCUUUUUACCACUGUUUACCACCUCAAGUCAUCUGUUCUUUCAUAUGCAAAUGACUUGCUCAGCUUAUCCAUUGAAGCAGUUAGAAACAGGGGUUUACCACAGGAGCGCAUUGCUGGAGCUAAACUUAUGGCAUCCCUUAUGGCCAGCGAAGAAUCCAUUGUCAAAGAAAUAUCUCCAAAUCUAAUGAAGGCAAAGGAAGUUCUAAGAAAUAUAUCUUUUAUGGACACCUCAACAGAAUUGAGGAGUUUGUGUGAAAAAUUGCUUGAGUGUAUGUCAAUUUCAAUGGAGGGUAUGAUCUUUUAGCCACAGAUGCAAGAAUGUUUUCAUGGUUAAUAUCAUUUGAAUAAUUGGAAUUUUGGACAAUACUCAAAACAUCUUGUUAAUCAUAUGAGAUAAUUUAUAAUUUUGUUUUCUUGUUAGCAUCAUUGGCAAUUUCUUCUUACAAAUAAAAGACGCCUUCUUGUCUGGAAGUGAAGUUUGUUUAAUCUAAACUUCAAAUAUUGUAAAUGCUUGUUUCGAGUGUUUGCAUUUAGUUAUGUCCUUGAAAAUAAAAUAUAAAAGAUGUUCCACAGUGGUUCAA